CCAAUGAAACGAAUACAUGAAUGAGAGACUGUAGAUAUCUUAAAACUAUAGCGCUGGCUUUGAAUUUCUCACUUCAAAAUUAGAGGAUAUACUAUUCAUUAAAAUAAAACGGUGGUGGAGGAGCGGAGUACUCUAGCUCAGCUACUGCUCUAGAGGAAUUUACUCACCAAUUACUUACGCGGAAAACUAUACGUAUCAACUGUUCAUAUCCGGUAAGGUGGGCGGUCAUAAAUUACUGAUAUCACAAAAGUAAGAUGGUGCUGUUGGAAAACGAGCAGCCAGGUAUCAGGAAGUGUUGUGCUUCCCACAAGAUGACAGCGCUGAUGUGGUAAACAUUUGAGUCUGAACACACUACAUGGCUUCAGUUAUAUGCAUUGCUGGAGGAUGCCAAAUGGGUAAAAGUACCAAGUCAACUUUUAAAAGUGCACAAGGAAAACUGUGUGUAAAGCUCUAUAUGGAAGACACUGAUGUGUUUCUGACGGAACUUACCCGCCUGUUUCAGAAAUGUCGGACAACGGGGAGUGUUUACAUUACACUGAAAAAAUAUGAUGGCAGAACAAGGCCUCUACCUCGAAAAGGGCACAUGGAUCAUUUUGAACCAGCUGACAAAUGCCUGAUUCGAGCAACAGAUGGAAAGAAAAAGCUCAGUACUGUGGUGAGCUCCAAAGAAGUUAACAAAUUCCAGAUGGCAUAUUCUAACCUACUAAGGGCUCACGUGGAUGGACUUAAGAAAAAGGAUAAGAAGAGCAAGAGCAAAAAGAAUAAGGCAACCCAGUGAAGCCGGUGCUGUCUGUCGAACUUUGUUUUUUUUUUCAUUAAGAAAUUUGAAUUUUCUGAUCCCAUUUUGUCAAUCCCCCCCCCCAGGUGGGCUUUUAGAAUUGAUUUUUCCCAACAAUUGAGGCUUAGUGUGUUUGCAGUGCUAAAGUAUGAGCAUAUGUAUGUAUGUGUGUGUAUAUAUAAAAUAAAUUUUUUUUUGCAUUAUUUUACCA